GCAGAUGACAGACCAUCGUUUCCACAGCACCGCACUACAGCCUGCGGCCCCUCGCACCAACAGUCCUAAGCCUCUUGGGCACCCCACAGCACGAAUAAACUUUGAGGCUUUCAACAUUGACAGAUUGGCUAUUGACGGUGGAGGAAGACAGCGCCCGUUCAAUCCACGGCAGGAAGGGGCAGGCUGCCAUCUGGGCUGCCUUGCCGAGUUGGCCGCGCAGUGCUAGGUGUUUCGAUUAGGGGAAAGGUGACACACUGAGCUAUAAUGUGACACUUAGGCUGCCCAGGCUCCUAGCUAGAGCUCUGUGAUGUCUAGGGGCCACUCGGCCGGCACGCUCAGGCGACAUGCUGCAAUGGCACGAUCACCUUUGACGCGGAUAUCCCCAGCACAGUGCCAGACAACUGGGGCGGUUUCAAUGAGGCUUAAUGUGCUGGUCAUGCGAUUGAGCUCGUAAGCUUUGCCCACGUUGCGACACUCGAGCAACUGCUCUUAGGAACAAAAUUCUCUGACCCAUUGCACUACUGAGAAGAACACCUCUUGGAAUAGUCUUAAUACUUCACCAUAAACUCGCCACCGGUGUCUGCUUUAUUUUAUGACCUCUCGAAACGCGUAACUCCACGAAACCGCGGUGAUAAAGAGGCUACUCGAGCUUGGGCCUGCCGGCCAACGCGCAUAGUUGCAGCUAUGCAUAUUCUAUUCAUAUAUGUCACCGGCUUCUACUAGUGCGGCCACGACUCUCGACUUUGCUCUGACAAAUCUCCCACACGGCGCCCGCGGCGCACUCCAGCCCAAAUGGAGUCCAGCGACUCCCGACAUGAAGAAGCGGUGGAGGCUUCAGCUAUGAGUGGCGAACUGGCAGCGGGACCCCCAGCCGCAACGUCCACGGCGCAUCCGCACUCCGCUGCUUGGGGGUCAAGCGCGACUGACGCCUGGCUGGCCCGGUUCUCGCAGCGCAUGGCGAAGCACACUCGCGAGAACCAGGGCCCGUCGACUGAAAAGUGGCGCCCGUUCGUCCUGCGGGAAGCGCUGGAGAAGGCUGCGGCGGAGCUGCCAGCACGAACCAAGCUUGGCGAUCUGGUCUUGGGCAAGGUCGUCGCUCUGGCCAAGUGGAAGAGCCGGGCUCGCAAGAUGGCGGAGGCGCACGGCUUCAAGAUGUCCACUCAGCGGCCGCACUUCCAGAAGCUGCGGGAGGUGACGGCGCGGCGGGGCGCAGUGGUGGGCUCGGCGCUGGAGCACAGUGGCAUAGACCCGCACGUGGACCUGGUGAUGCAGGACUCUUCCGUGGAUCUGGACAGGCGUCUGGCGGACGCCGCUACCAAGCACAAGCAGAGCCUUACUCCCAUGCAUGUGAUCCACGCUCGCGUCAAGUUUGCAUCGAAGGGCGUCACUCGUUGGGAGGCCGGACAGCAGACCGUGGCGGACGAUGCUGGGGAGGAGACGGAAGAGGAGGAGACAGAGGAAGCGGAAGAUCAAGAAGAAGAGGAGGAGGCGGAAGCGCUGGAGGAGCACGGCGAGAGCCAGCUGGACCCGCAGCCACGGCGGCCCUGGUCCGCGUCGGACCUUGCUGGCAUUACUGAGGCGCUGUCAUUGGGACAAGCGGACCCGGGGGGCUGCAGUGAUUCAGGCGCCUGUUCGGAUGAGGCAGUUGCGGCGCUGUCGGCUGAUGAGCAUGUCCCGUGGAGGAGGCAGAUGCGCGCUGAGCGGGGCCACAGCAGGUCCCACAGCCCUGCAAUGGGAGCGGCGAACGCGGCAGGCGGCAGCCGGAGCCAUAGCCACGUCGGCGCACCCGCGCCACGCGCGCGCAGCCGGCUCCUAGCCGCCGCCGGCUCCACUAGCGCCGCCCACAGGGUUGAAGCCGCCAGCCGCUGCUCCACAGCCGCGGGCGACGAGGCUGACCGCGCGUUCCCACCACAGCAGGCUCGCAGCCGCAGGGUAUCCUCUGGCUCUGACGGCGACGCGGAAGGCGGCGGCCACGGCGGGCUGUGGCUGCCCUCGCAUGGCGGUGCCCGGUCGCAGCUGUACGAGCCUCUUUAUGACGGGCCGUACGAACAAGCGCCGCCGCCAGAGCACCAGCAUGCGGAUGCGUCGCGCCUUCGUCGGCACGGGCACGACUCCAGCAAACACCUGAUGAUGGUGGACAAGGACUCGGACACCAGCCCACAGCAUGGGGGCGCGUCAACAGCUGCGGCUGCUGCUGGCCGCGCGCAUGUGUCCGGUCGCCGCAGCCGCGGCGGACCUCGCACAACGGCAAGUAGCCGACGGGGAUUGCAGGACGGCAGCACGUCAGCGGAGUCUGAUGGUGAGGAGCCCGCUGAGCAGAGGUCGGCGGAAAGUGUGGAAGGCUCGGGGCGUGCGGGCGCGUUGGGCAGCAGCAGCGAGCAGCAGAAACCUUUGGAUCUGGCGGGCACCCCAGAGACAGCCGCGGCCGCAGCAGCAGUGGCGACGCCGGAGGCGCCCCUGGCGGACUUCGGUGUCAACAUGCCAAUCAGCAACGGGCCACACACUUGCUCCAGCCGCGACAGCGGGCCAGCUGCUUGCAUGGAAUCGGGCCCGGCUAAGCCUAGACCGGCCUCAAAACCGGAUCAGCAAGACGUCGCGGUGACGGGAACGGGAACGGGAACGGCAACGGCAACGGCAACGGCAACGGCCCCAUUGGCGAAGCCGUGCGAGGAGGCGGACGUCGCGGACGCUGCUAAACACGCUAUGCUGCUCAUUCUGCCGGAGGGCGCUCUUGACAUGGACGGUUUGCAGCACCAGGGACAGGAGAAGGCGGUGGACAGGUCAUCGGAGCCCAGUGGCGUUAGCAGAGGCUCAACGCUGUCGUGCGCAUCCGCGCCAGUGGCCACAGCGGACGGCAUGGUCCUGAGCCCCUUCGGUAUGGCUGCGCCACCGGAGUCUUGCAGCAGCACUGCGCGGCCCCCACAGUUGCGCGCCCUCGGUCGCAGCAUCAGCGGCAACGGGCCAUAUGCGGCAGAAAGCUCAGUCAUGCUCCCGCCGGCGGGUGGCAGUUGGGUCGCUCCCAUGCCGCCGCCAUCCAAGUCAAACCAAUUCGUCUGCGUUGCUGCGUUGGAUUCUUUUCCGUCCCGGAACCAGCCGGUGCGGUUGCUAGGCGCCGCUUUCAACGGGCUGGUUGGUCGGGGCGUGGUGGGCGCCGGCUGUGCAGCACCGCCCGGCGGCACGCCACGCAGCAUCUCGCCGGGUCCCGCCGCCACCGGCGGCAGCAGCAACAUUGGCGGCGGGCUUCCCACGCGUAGCACGCUGUCUGGCACGCUGCCGGUUCCGUCGCGCCCCAGUGGCGACGGCGGCGCGGCGCAGGGAGUUGUGGGCCACGCCAUGGCAGGUGGAGCUUUCGCAGGCGUUGUCUUCGGUAGCGGCGGCGGCGGGCGUUGUGCGGUGAGCACCAACGGCCUGAUGAGCUUGGCUCUGCCGCCGCAGCCGCUGAGCCCCUCGCCGCGCAAUGCGUCAAGGCCGUCGCGCGCAGGCAUGGGUUUGAACGUCCAGGACAUGAAGUUCGGUGGGGUUGUUGCCGGCGGCAGAGCGGCACCAGGGGCGGCAGGGCCUCCUGCGGCCGGCCGGCAGCCGCAGCAGCUGCAUUCCACAAUCACGCCUCGGACGAUACGCAGGGCGUUCAGGGCCAGCGACGGCUUUGCGGCUAUGGGCGGAGGAAUGGCAGCGGCUGGCAGCGCUGCGUGGGCUGCUGGCACUGGGUACUCUUCCGCAGAACUGGUCGCGGCGCAGAGGCUGCUCCCAGCUGAGCUUUGGGGCACAACGGGCGGCGGUGGCAGUGAUGGCGCCGCAGAGCUGCUGUCGCCGCUGCAGCACCACCAGCAGCAACAGCUGCAGAGUCCCCAGGCCGAAGGUGCAUGUGCGCCGUGGCUGGAGCGCACUCCCUUUGACCACGUCGCCCUGCAAGAGGACCUGUGCGCUCUUGGCCCUUUCGGUGGCGGGGCAGAGGAAGCGCCGUUCGCAGCCGCACUGCUGGACUCGCCUUCCCUGUCCUCCGCCAGCGUCGACCAGCUGCCUCAGCUGCUGGUCAGGGCAUCGCUGCCCAACAGGGGCAAGGGGGCGGGCAGCAGUGGUCCCAUGCCGGGCCUCGCGCUGCCGCCGCGGCUCUCGCUCACACCACGUGCUUCGGAGGUCAGCGUUCGGGGCAGUCAGGGCUAUCCGCAGCCGUCGUGGCCACUGUCGCCAUCCGCAGCGCCUCUUAGCCUUGGAGCGCUGUUGACUAGCAGCAACACGGCGGCCAGCUUUGAACCCGGGCCGCUGCCGACGGACCGCACACAGCUGUGGCAGCGGAUGCAGGCGAUUGCCGCCAGUCAGGGCCGGUCCCCCUCUAGCGCUGUGUCGGCGGCAGCGCAGAGCCCGGCCUCCCCGUCGGGUGCGGCGCCGCUCGCGGGCACCACCAAUGGGAAAGCACUGGGGCGGCAGCAGCGCCGUCUGGCGGCAGGCCUGUUGGGCGCAGCCGCUGCCGCCGCUGCCACCGCCGCCGCAGCCGCGUCUGAGGGUGGCGCUGGCGCUGCUGGUGCCGCGGCGGCUGCGGCGACUCGCAGUGCCAAGAGCUUUGUAGGCAUGCGCUCCGAGGAUCGCGAGGCACUCAGACGGUCAUCAUCUUUGGGAAUGGGUAACUUCCCUCAUGUCCCCAGCGGCGAGCUGCCCAACCCGCAUGCGCUUCUGGCGUCGCCCCGCACAAGCACCAUCGGCACGAGCCCCGCCACACCAGGCUGGGGCGGCGGAACUGGAGCCGGCGCUGGACCGGGACUCGGAAGCAGCUGUGUGGAUGGUGCUGGGCAUAGCAGUUCUGUGUGGCAGAGCGGCGGUGCCAGUGGGGAGCUACUGCCGCGCUUGAGUGUGGAGCCACAGCUGCCGCCUGCCGUGCUACAGCCGCCGCAGCCCCCGUUACAGCUGCCGUCGCCGUCAUCGCCACGCCACGCCGCCCACCAUGCACCGGCAUCUCCUGCUGGCCUUCGCCAAUCGGCUAGUUAUUCUGCCGCCUCGCCGCGCAGCCCCCAGCUCCCUUCCCCACAUCGCAGGCCGCUGCAACAGCAGCAGCACCAGCAGCAGCUGCGACACCAACACAGCCACCCGUCCAGGCUGUCAGGCAGUGACCUCAGUGCAACAAGCACUGCAGCUGGCGGCAGCACCAGCAGCCAACAAAUGUGCUAUGCAGUUGCAAGCGUAGUGUCGCCUCCAGCGUCCAUUUCUGGAGUGUCUCCCCUAUCGCCUAGCAGUAGCAUCACUAGCACAGUCAGUGUGACGAUUGCACCGCGUAACCUCAUGUCUGGCGCAUCGUGCACGUUGCCUGCGCUAGGAGCUGCUGCGGCAUUGGGUUCACCGGUGGCUGGCGGAAAGCGUUUGGGCGACAAAGUGGAUGCCACUGUGGCGGAUGCCGGUAGAAGCAGGUGGUGAUUGGCCUGGGACAGCCUAGGCCCGAACCUGUUCGGGACAAGUGUUUUGGAGUAUUGAUAUAUUCAUCAAGCUGUCAUCCAUGUGUGAUGGGGUUGGAGACUGCUCAUUCCAUUGCGUUUGGGGCCAAGAAGAGGAUGGGGGGAUUUCGUGUCCAUUGGGGUUUUGCGGCUGUUCGUGGGUUUUAGGGUUGAGCGACCUCGGCCAGCCGUUAUGCACCGCUGUGUUCAAUUUUCUAUAAAGAAGCUUCUUUCUGCAUCAUAACGAGUUCGCAUAGCUAAUUCUUGCACCAAAGGUGGUGAUUUAUUCUACGGAUUUAUUCGACUCGAGCAGCGCCCAUAGUUUUACCACCGUUUUGAAGGCACAAGGAUUCCUAUGUUGUUUGGCUACGCUGUAGCACUGCAGUGAACCAUACUCGAGCACACGAAACCAUGACGCCGGUGACCUGCAGAACAUUCGUCCUUGCAGCUUGAAAUAUGGCAGAGAAUGCCCCAUUGACACAGCAAGAUGUACCGCCAUCUUCUGACGAAACUGCGAAGCGCGACUCGGGCGCGGCAGGCACGCCAAUUGAGUCGGAGGCAACCCGGGCCUGGCUGCAGCGUUUCGAGAAACGAAAACAGCAACAGUGCGGGGCCUCUGGAAAGUCAUCGCAAUGGCGACUGCAGGAGGCACUCCGAAAAGCAG